UCUUUGAACUGGAUAUUUACACUGUCCGCAGAAACAUUCAUGAAAUCGAGAAAAUGCUUUAUGUGGGCUACCAUCUUGGACACCGGGCGCGUUGAUGCUAACGCUGACGUUUGUUUUUGCUGAAACAGCGCGAGUUGCGAUAGCAUUACCCACGAAGAGUUAAAUUUUUGUGAUUGACUUGUAUAAUGUUACUACUGCAAAAUUUUUAAAGAAGAUUACACGGUAAUACGUAAUAUUUAAGCUACCAGUCAAUUUGACAUCUUGAAAAAGCACCGUAACCAUGGCAACAAUCUUUACAAAUGGUAGCAAUCGCAAAGGGGGGCUCGAAAGGAGCUGGGAGGAGCAGCGCGUCUUUUGUACAUAAAUGAAGUCUUUAAAUAAAUACACUGCCAUAUAAUUGUCGAGCGUUCCAGUGAAUAUUUGGUGGUCAUGCAGCGCUGAAAUCAAGCACUGUCGGCAUGCUUGACCCUGUGCAGAUACUGUGGCUAGUUCGCCGUGGCCGCUCUGUGGGGUUUUCAGCCCCGCUCCUGCGUCGAGGGGCCAAAGGUGUGGAGGAUAUCAAACGCCAAGGAGCGCUGAGCCAGUGGCUCGCGGAAGUAAAGUUCCUUGCGACCAGACCGCAGUAUGUGAUGCCAUUCCUAAUAAACCAGAGUGGGUCUGCCAUUUAUGCGCUGGCCCUAGGAUCUGCAGACUUGUCCUUGGCGGUGCCACUUACUAAUUCUCUCAAUUUCAUCUUUGUCACCUUGGCUGGGCGUAUUCUGGGCGAAACAACUACUAGUGCUCGCACAUACAUUGGCAUGGCCCUUGUGACCACAGGAGUGACACUGUGUGUUGCCGACAAAGCCUGGAACCAAGUUGCUUCAGACUGAAACAUCCUUCCUGGCUAUGCCUGUGUCCCAGCAUCACAUGUAACUCAAUGGACAAAAAGGAAAAUGGACUUGUCCCUCAGCAGAUUUCACAUCAGUUACUUUUCAUUGUAGCACUGCCAGUACUUUGUAAUCAGUGCAAGUUUUAUUCUCUCGUAGCUCCAAAAGCAAUAAAUGACCAUAGAAAACGA